UUUGGUGCAUUUAAAAAACCCCAGAGUGACACCUCUUCGCUCUGUUUCAACCUAUCUCUGCUUGCAGCCACAGGUUGCUCACCUGUACGCAUAGCUCUCGAGCGCGUGCUACCAUACCAACACAUUUUCUGUGCGUGAAGGAACGAAGCUCACGUGGCGACGUUUACCCGGAAAACUCCGCCUGCCCUGACGUCGCCAUCAGAAACAGCAUUUAGUCCGGGUCGUGACUUCAAACGCAGCACUUGUUCCAGCAGGAAAACGGCGCUGACAGUAGAUAUGCUGGCGGUAGCGCCACGUCAACUAAAACAAACUAAAUCGUAAACAGGACUUUGCCGUGUUAUUAGUCUGUCUGAGUUUUAACACCUGUCACCAUGCUGGAUCCGUCCUCUAGUGAAGACACGGGCGGGGAGUCCGACACAGAAGUUACCAGAGAGCCUCCGAGGAAACCGUCCGCCUAUUCAGAGGCAGAAAAGCAGGGAGACAGCGGGCGGGCGGGCGGUCAGCAGCUGCAGCCUGCCGAAACCCCCGGUGAAGGUGCAAAAGACUGCCCCUCUGCAGGUGACGAGGAAAAGAAGGAGCGAGAGCGCCUUCAGAAGGAGGAAAACGAGAGGAGAACUAAGCUGCAGAUCUAUGUGUUUGUUCUGCGGUGUAUUUCCUAUCCGUUCAACGCCAAGCAGCCCACCGACAUGGCCCGAAGGCAGCAGAAGGUCAACAAGCAGCAGCUGCAGACAGUGAAGGAGCACUUCCUGGCCUUCCUGAAUGGAGAAACUCAGAUUAUCGCUGAUGAAGCUUUCUGCAAUGCUGUGAGAAGCUACUAUGAGGUGAGGGAACACAAGCUUCAUGUAAAUGAUGUCUGUAUUUCAGAAACAGAAAUGUGUUUUGGUCAAAGAAACUGAUUCUCAUCAACCACCUUGAUUCUUGUCAUAACCAUGGACCUAUUCAAUAAAUUAGAAUGGGUCUGUACUUCGUACUUACUUGCUAACCUACUAAACAUUUGUGAAAAAGAAACUUCAACAUCGAGGACUGUUAAUAUGCUGAAGUGUUCUUAUUUACCAAAUAUAUUCAUAGAUUAUGGCUUGUUCUCCUGAGUUGUCAAUCAGUUGUUUCCAUUCAGUCAGUUCUAGUCAAACGUGUUGGUAAAUGAAGAGCAAAGUAAUAAAGUGAUACAAGUAGAACAUCUUUUUAAAUGUCCUACUUAUAUCACUGUUGCUUAUAACAAAAAUAUCACAUUUUUGAUGGAACUAACGAACUGUAAAAAGUGUUUUCACUUCAAGU